AACUCAUUUCCGACACGUGCGACAAGUCAGGACUCUCCCGAGCGAUUCUUGAAAAUAAAACCGAUGAAUAAGCCCGCGGAAAUGGUAUAAGCGAACGCGCAGUGGCCUUAUAUCUUUCAAAGUGCGAAAGAGGAAACUCCGAUCGGAAAUAAAACUCAGGAAUACGCCGAGUUGUGUUACACGCUGAACCAUUUUCGCGAAGCGAUGACACUUCACGACGGUAGCGCCGCUCUUGGGAUAAUUGUUAAUUCAACAAACUUAUAUAUAUAGCUGUGCAAUCUUGAAAUCUGCCAUUAAAGUACAUAUGUAAACGGUAAAAUCUGCGAAAAAAAACACGAGAAUGUGACUUCUCUUCGUCGGUUUUUAAUCAGGAGUUAUCGCCGAAAACGUAGUGAGUCUUUAUAAGGAAGUACAAGCAUGAAAUGACGAAAAUAUCGAUCGGCUCAUGGAUUCGAACUCAGUGCUCGCGUCGUAGCGGUGUGGAUAGUUCAAGAUUCAAGAAUGUUUUGUAGUCGUUGUGAACUUGGAGCUUGGAGCAAGCGGAAUAGCUUGGAAUGGGUUAUAAACGAAUAAAACGUGGCAACGCCGUACUGCGUGAGUCAAGUUGCGCAGCCGAACAGGCCGUGAGCGAGACGAGAUCCGAGAACGGGCCACUGCCGCCACUGCCAAGCUAUAUCAUCGUUGAACGAUCUGUUGAGGGGAAAGGCAGGGGGAAUAAGGAAUCGAGUCUUUUGGGUCGAAGAGAGUAAAGAGGGGAUACAUAAAAGUUUUCCACAGCGCGUUUGUGUAUAGAAGAGAGUGCUGCAGAAGAGUAAACGUUGGGGGAUUUACAGGAAAGGUUGAAGUGGGACGCAAGGGGAAAGUUGGACAAGGCGGUGCGCGACGUGUGGGGUAGGCUGCGCACCAGAACUGCGCGUGUGCACAAUAACUGAAUCUUUCCAAUUCUAAACGCACGCAUCUCCACGCGGUAGUGAAGCAAGCCAAUUAUUAUUCAAUCAUUUCUUUAAAUUUUUCUUGAACAUUGUUUCACUUGAUACAUGUUAUUAUAUUUUUUCACGAGUUGAAAGAACACUGGUAUAAAAUCAUUGAUUUUUCCGACGAAAAAUCGACCAAGUACAUGGAUUCUCACCAUAGGAAGGAAAAAUAGUUUUUUUUUUUUAAUUAAUAACGGAGCUCGGGCGCGAGCGUGAAAAUCUUUGAAAAAAUUCCGUCCGCUGCUUUCUAUCCCGUGGCCCUCUCGAAUUCCCUCGUUCAAUUAUUGUAUGUGCGAAAAGGAUAGAAGAGGCAGAGAGAAGGGAAGAGACAAAGAGAGAGGAGAGAGAGAGAGCAAGUCAGCGCCGAGGUUAGAACAAGUGAGACGGAGAAUGUGUUUUACCCGCAGCGUGAGGCAUCUGGUGGCGAACAUGAGCGAGGCGUACAGGCGGAGUCUUUGUGUGAGUUGAGGAAAGACAGAGAGCGAGAGCUUCAUUUGCACAUGCGCAAUCGCUUUUACUCGCCUUCACACUCUUAUUACCGACGUGUCGUCCGACGUACAUAUGUUAAAAAAAAUAAAGAUACGCUUUGCUAGCGGUUAGGUAGGGACCUUGUCUAGCUACGAUAAUAGUAGAAAGAGCGGGAAAGAGUGUGUGAGAGAAAGAGAACGCAUGAGACAGCAGAAGGGAGUGGGACGGGACGGUUUUAUCCCCACCAUUGGGACUUUAGCACUACAAACUUCCUCCAAGUCUCGGCCGUGUAUCCAGCGAGUGGAGCAUCGAUGUCGACCGGACGAUCGUCGAAACACAGUGUGGCGCGUUAGUGAGUGCGCGCUAGUGUGUGAUAAGUGCGUUGAGAUCUCGAAGUUGCACGGUAAAGCUUUUAUAAAACACAUUGGUAUAAAUGCGAGGCUUCCGCUUUACCGCAUCGAACAUCAGUGAAGGCAGUACAGUAUUUUUUUUUCAAAGCACAAAUAUACUCGCAUAUUCGAUGAAAUUCGAUUCGACGUGUUCGUAUUGAAAGUGGAAGGAAAAAAAUAUACGGCUGCUGGUGCUACGAGCUCAAUGUUCGUGCGGCUGAGAAUCGAAAUCAUUCCUUUUCUCAACCUCUUCGUAUUGUUUUGAACGAACGUGUUCUCACGAAAUUCAAGAGGUUCAAGAUGCCGCUAAGCAUCAAGGUUAAUCUCCGGGUGACCGGUCACUGUAAUCAGGGCGGUCGAAAGUAUAUGGAGGAUAUGUUCAGCGUGGCCUAUCAGCAAACUUCUGACGACAAGGAUCUCGAGUACGCUUUUUUCGGCAUUUUCGAUGGCCACGGCGGAGGUGAAGCUGCCACUUUCGCCAAAGAACAUCUUAUGGAUAUUAUCGUUAAGCAACGUAACUUUUGGAGUGACAAAGACGAAGAUGUUCUUAGGGCUAUUAAAGACGGAUAUAUUAAUACCCAUUAUGCUAUGUGGAGAGAACUCGAUAAAUGGCCGACAACUGCUUCGGGCUUACCAUCUACCGCGGGAACAACUGCAAGCAUUGCUUUUAUCAGAAAAGGCAAAAUUUACAUUGGCCAUGUAGGAGAUUCUGGCAUUAUUUUGGGCUAUCAGGAAGAAGGUGAUCCCCAAUGGAAAGCUAAAGCUCUGACAAAAGAUCACAAACCUGAAAGUGGACCCGAAAUGAUAAGGAUUCAAGAGUCAGGUGGAAAAGUCGUUAGCAAAUCUGGUGUUCCAAGAGUAGUAUGGAACAGACCUAGAAUCGGACACAAGGGACCAGUUCGCAGAUCCACUCAUAUCGAUGAAAUUCCAUUCCUUGCAGUCGCUCGAUCUUUGGGUGAUUUGUGGAGUUAUAACUCGGAGCUGGACACUUUUGUUGUUUCUCCUGAGCCUGAUGUGAAAGUUGUCACUGUAGAUGUAAAAUCUCAGCGGUGCCUCAUUUUUGGAACUGACGGCUUAUGGAAUAUGUUGACACCUCAGGCUGCUGUUGCCAUAGUCCAAUCCGCGGAGAGACAUAACGAGAAACAUCUCAUAGCAUCCCAACAGACUGGUCACGCACAAGCGGAUGCUCAAAUGUGGAUAAAUCCAUCAAAGAGUUUGGUAGACACGGCUCUAGAAAGAUGGUUUUCAACGAGAUUACGUGCGGACAAUACGAGCGUUGUAACACUUAUGCUCGAUCCACCGGGGCCUUCCCGUAGUGAGGUGCUUAUGAGCCGAAAAAAUGACAGCACGAUAUCGCCGAAACACGAUGUCGCUUCAAUUCCUCGGACUGUGACGCCGAUCGUACCACCGGAAAGUAUGGUUCAGCCGUUGGAAGUUCCGGUCACAUCGGAAACGUCGGUAGACGAUCAAGCUCCGAGUCCAAAAGUUCCGGACACUUCCGAUGCGUCGUACAGCAACAAUAUUUUGGCGAAUAAACCUCAAGAACUAGAGUCGAAUGAGAUCGCAGAAACGCCGAAAUCGACGAGUGAAAAUGUCAAGGAUAACGAAUCCGAAGACGUAACGGUCUCAGAGUCGACCUGUCGAGAGAGUAUUCAAGUAGCGGAAAUAUCAUCAAGUGAUAUCAUCUUCGAGGAGACAUACAAGCCAACGAUCGAAGAUUCUAAUGAAAUAGAACCGACAGCUGAUACGAUUGAUGAAAACGUGAGCACGAAUGACAGUUCAGAAACUUCCAACACCGAUUCUACGUCCGAAUUGACGUGUAACCCAGCGUGCGAUGUGAACACGAUCGUAAGUAAUCCAACGACAUUGGAAAAGGUUUCUUCGAAAAGCGACAAAUCGGGCACUGGAUUAUCAGUUCUGUUACGACAAAAUGCAUUUUGCGGAUCGUGCGAAGAGCUUCAAAAUCGGCCAAGAUUGAGACGCGAUGUUCGUCGUCCUUACGCCUCUGUGAAUUUAGAUCGUAGCCACGAGCCAAAAGAUCCUCCAGGAAUUGUCGCAAUUUCGAAUGUACCAACUCGUAGACCAUCGGGCCUCUUAGUAACGCAUUUAGAGCCGAAAACCGGGAGACGUCAUAUCGUUAACGCAUCGUCAGGGUUUCGCGGUGAAAGGCAAAAGUCCUAUUUUACCCCGGUUGGUCCAAGAUUGAAAAGAGAUUCGAUGGGUGGCUUGUCGUGCAAAUUCGAGUCUCCCCCUAAUGAGAAUCCAUGUAAAACCGCAAGUUCAAUGGAUUCGAGCGAAGGGACAACUGUUGUUGGCUCCAAACGCAGACACAGCUCGACUUCCGAACGUGCAGAACCACCAAAGUGUUCCGUAGUACCGGAACCCUCGACAAAACGCAGAACACGUUCGGAGGACCGACCAGGACCAACGGACGAAAAUGAUCCGUCGAAUCAAGGAAAACUUCCUCAACAACAGACACAACCACAAAAACAGCACAGUAGGCUACGAUGGCCCGAAGAAUCAAUCUCAUCCUUGAGAUCUCGACGUGGAAGCUGCUCCGCAGGCUCAACUUCCGGUGCGACGAGCACUUCUCUUGGUGGACAGGAAAAGUUACCAUCACCGACUUCAUUUCAACGACGUAGUUUAGAGAAAAAAGCUACCCCUGUUAAAACUAUUCGUAGGCCGUCAAUCAACGGCUCAAGUCGUCCACAACUUAGAGGAAGUUUCGCUCUCAGAGAGUGGGAUCAGAGUAAAUCGGGACAUCGUCCCCCGUGCACCGGUCGUUCCAGAUUAAAUCGUACUGUAGGUGGUGUUAUUGGUUCACCAAAUGAUUCUUCACCCGUACCAAGUCUACAACGCUGGUUAAGAUCCGAUACCCUCGCUGCCACACCAGUGAAAACUCUUAGAUCUCGUAAUAUCGACAUCGACGGUCAUACAAUACCGGCUCAAAUAGCCCAUCAAUACGGUAUUGUGAAACCUAAUCGAUUAUCUCUACCGGCGAAACUUAAACUCGCUAACAAAGUCAGUAAACCCUCGUCUCCAGCUUCGUCAUCCUCGUCCUCGUCCACGACUUCCGUCUCGACUCCCUCCUCGUCGACCUCAGCCAAUAACUUUGCAAGUGGCAAGUUAACGAAACAAAACAUCACCGUGAACAACGGUAAUGCUAGUACGACGAAUGCCAAUUCCGGAACCUCCACCAGCUCCGUUAUCACCAAACGUGUCAAAUCUCCUUACAAUCCAGCAGCUCGAUCCGCACUUGGUACACGAUCGCGCCUCAAACGCCUCGGCAAGUGAAUUCCCACUUUUUGUCACUAUUCCUCCCGUUGUUCCGUUCCUCUUUAUUUUUCAUGCAAAACUCUGAGGUCGAUUGAUGAAUUUUCUUUCGUCUCCCCGCCAAGAAUUUAGGACCUGAAAAUCAGUCCUACCAAAUUUUAUAUUUCGACAUUUCAUCAGUGGAUUCCCCGAAGGGAGGAAUUGGCACCUUGCCUAUUAUUUUUUUUUUCUCUGAAUCACCAUGCCGUAAAUUAUAUUUUCCAAUAUCGUCGCAUCCGACAUUUCAUCCACCGUAAUUUCUCGUCUCAAUCUUAUCGAACCUGUAGAAAAAAAAAUUUUUAUGUUUUAAAAUAAUGCUGCUGAAGCAUAAGUUAAAUGCGAGAAUUUCGAUAACUCGUCCUUGAUCAAUACUUCGAAAUUUUAUCGACCAAACCUCCGGAGAACUCGCAUUUUUUGCGCCUGAGUUUGGAUUUGAUCAAUUCUAUAUAAUUUAAAAAUCAUAUGAAUUACGAAUUACACUUCGUAAGGUUUUCAAAUUAAUUCCUUAUAUUCGAAAUCACGGUGCAAAAAAGUGCGACUUUAAGCGAGAUCUUAGCUAAAUUUACGAAGUAUUAUGACCCUUGAUUCGGGCGAGAACUUUUGUCAAUUUGCUGAAAAAUAAAAAACUGCAAGUGCAACGGGAGAGGUCAAAAAAAUUCGAAUUCCUUUCGAAAAGCAUUCUGACAUACGAUUUUUUGUUGAUUUUUUUUCCUUGUGAGUAUUUGCUAUCAUUUUUCUAUCUUCAGCAAUAUUAUUUUUACAUUUUUUUCCGGAAAAUGCACACAUUGUUUCAUUCUUUUUUUUCCGUUUAUGUAGAUAAUAAUUAUGGCAAACUACAAAACCGUGAAUCGAACAUGAUAAAUUCUGCAUUCGAUCGUCACCGAUUAUUCGUUCACAUUUUAGGUCCAUUGAAUUUAAAAUGAAACCAUGGAACUCUGUCAAAAAUAUUCUUCGAUUUCAUUGCUUCAAUGUUAUUCACAAGUAUCUUUGAAAAAAAAAAAAAACAAAGGACAAGAGUUGUUUCAAAAACUAAUUUCAUUU